AUGUCCUCCAUCCAGACCGGAGGAAAUCUCGAGUGGCACAAUGCUGGGCCCCUAACCACAACAUGGACUUCUCCCCAAUCUUGUGCGACCGAGCCAGUCACCCGCAGCGGCCUCGGAGUUCCUCAAGUACCUUGGUUUCCGCGCUUGAUUGUUGAUGGGUACGACGGCUGGAACAUUUCAGACGAGUGUCGUCCCAACGGCGGCAAGGUCAAUGAAAUAUAUGAGAACGUCGAUCUCGCCGUGGAAGUGACCACCGCCCACUACUACUCUCCCGGCAACCAGUGCCCUGACAAAUGGGUUACCGUUGGCAUCGCUGCCAUGAACAAUGGCCCCCCCAGUGUGUCUGAUAUUUUCCAGCCGACUGCCUUCACCGAGGGAGCGCCUGGGGAAACGACGAACUUCCCAGCCGCCAACUUCCAAGCCAACAUGCUGACUUCGAUUCUGGAACCCACUCAGACAGCCGUGGCCUGCUGCCCAAGUGGCGAUGGAUCCGAUCAAGGGAACGGCAAUGGCAACAACAACGAGGAAGCGACUACAAACAAUCCAGGUAGUACUGUUGGCGGCGAAGAGAGUGCUGCUCGUCCGCUGAUGCCCAACCGAUGGGCCGCCAUCGGCACCAUCCUAGGCGCGUGGGGUAUUAGUGUGAUCGCGGGCGUAGCUCUUUCGUGA